AUGCAAAUCACCAAGACUCUCUUCGCCACCCUCUUCGCCGCUUCCACCGCCAUCGCCGCUCCCAUUACCGCCGACAAGUCCAUGAUGGCGGCCGUUCCCGAGUGGACUAUCACCGACGUGAGGCGCGUCUGCGACAAGAAGGACACCCAGUGCACCUGGACCUUUGGCGUCGACACCCACCUCGCUGCCCCGACCUCCUGCACAUACGUCGUCAAGGCCGAUGCCCACGCCUCUCAGGCCAGCGGCGGCCCCGUCACCUGCGGCCCUUACACCAUCACAUCUAGCUGGAGCGGACAGUUUGGCCCUGGCAACGGCUUUACUACGUUUGCAGUUGUGGACCAGGCCAAGAAGCUCAUCACUUGGCCUGCUUAUACCGAUGUUCAGGUCCAGGCUGGCAAGGUGGUUUCGCCCAACCAGAGCUACGCCCCCGUGACCCUGCCAUAG